UUUAAGCAGUGUUUUCGAGUGAGCCCAGCCACCUUCCGUUUCAUUGUGGACAGCCUACGCCCUUCGCUAGAGAGGGUCACAACUAAUAUGCGCGAGUGCAUUGCGGUUGAAAAGGUGGUGGCCAUCGGCUUAUUCAAACUGUGCUCCGUGGCAGAGGACCGAGUCGUGGCCAGUGUCUUCGGUGUCGGGCGAUCGACGGUGAACGGCAUUUACAAGGAGUUUUGCGAAGCCAUCGUUUCUGUCUUGGAAAGCGACUGGAUCAAGAUGCUGAGUCUAUCUGAGAUGGCCGAACACAUUCGGGAAUUCAUGGCCGUCAGUGACUUUCCCCAAGCUGUAGGAGCCCUCGACGGCUGCCACUUCCCAGUUUCGCCGCCACAAGAACAUGCCACUGAUUACUAUAACUACAAGGGGUGGUACAGCAUUAUUCUCCUGGCGCUUGUAGACCACAAGUACCGUUUCAGCCUCUCCGGCAUGGUUGAGGGACCACUUUUCAAGGCUCCAGUUGUUACAAUAGGAGGCGUUGCCGUGCCACCUCUGGUGCUCUGUGACCAGGCCUUCCCACUUACACCUAACCUCAUCAAGCCAUUUGGACACAACACCCCACUUAGUGCAGAGCAGAAAAAUUUCAAUUACCACAUCAGCAGAGUGAGACGUGUGGUAGAAAACGCCUUUGGAAGGCUUAAGGCAAGAUUUCGCUUCACAUCGAAGAGAAUGGAAUGCGACAUUGCAAAUGCUCGCCUCGUGAUUCGCGCAUGCUGCGUGCUCAACAUUUGCGAGCAUUUCAGCGAUGCUGUUCAGCUUCACUGGCUCCAGGAAGUGAAGCAGUCCGACUCCCAACUGCCCCAACCAGAACGUGGCAGCGAUUCACAGAUUGGGAAUGCAGUCAGUGUGCGUUCUGCACUUGUGGACCACUUCAGCCAGAGGAUGCAGACCCAGGCAGCCCGCUCCUAG